AUGUUACCAAAAUAAAAUGCAUCUUCUUACAUUAUGGUUCUUCCAAGCAGUAAUUAGUCAUACAUAUCUACCGAAUAGCCAUUCGUUAAAAAAUCAACAGUGCUGCCUGAAUCCAGGAGUAAACUGAUAAUCCCUUACAAUAUGACUCCAUUAGUAAAGUUGUUUGAACCUAUCAAGACUAAAUUCAUUCCAAGAGAUACAAUAAACCAAUCAAUUCAAUACUUUAAUGAACCUGCUGAAUACUCUUAAGCUGAAAUUGAUUUGCUUGAUUAAUCACCAGAUAAAUCAAUUUAGUAGCAUCAUCAAGAAAACUACAAUCCUCUAUAACCAAUUCAAAUGCCAUAAUAACUAGAUAUUAUAUCAUAUCUAUUAUAUCAUAUUCGUAGCUGUUUGUUGAAACCCCCAUUUUAAUUCCCUACUUUAUGGAUUAUAUCAAUUGGGAUUUGA